AUGUCUACGGUCCGCUUAGCUCACCGCCUCGUGCGGCCAUCAACAUCACCUCUCUCAUUCACGAGACUGGCGACCCGUUCAUUCGGAAGCUCGGCAGUUCGUCCGCAGGACAGCAAGAAUGAGAAUGACCGAGUACACUCAACAGCGCCGCAGCACCGCGCAAACCAGACCGAGAAGCCGCUGAACCCCGUCGUCCCGAAUACAACCUCAACCAUGACCAAGGACUUCCCCAAUGUCGGCAAGAGGCCAUCGCCCCCGGAGCUUUUAAACUCGGUUGACCCGAACUACAAGCCUGUGGAUACGUACCCUGGGAAGGUUGAGCACUUCACGGGUGGAAGACAGGAGCCGGGCACGCAAAAGCCGGAGCUUGGAGUUGGCGAGAUGGAAGGCAUUACGUUCAAGGUUGAGCCUCUCCGACGGACUGGGGAGGAUGUUUCGACCAUGAGAGCCCGGCUGCUUUAUCAGAGCCGAAAGCGAGGAAUUCUCGAGUCCGACCUGCUUCUCUCUACGUUUGCCGACGUCUAUCUGGCCGACAUGAACAAAGAGCAGCUUCAAGAGUAUGAUCGAUUCCUGGACGAGAACGACUGGGAUAUCUAUUACUGGGCGACCCAGGACCCACCUGAGGAGAGGGAUGCUGCGGCAGAUGUGGCCGAGGACACACUGACCGACACAUGGCAUCGUACAGGCGCCAAGAGCGGCGAGUGGAAGCAGACUGUCGGUGCCUUUAAGGCUGCAUACCGGCCAGUGCCGUCGCGGUGGGUAGAGUCAAAUGUCUUGACACUACUCAGACAGCAUGUGCGAGACAACAGUGCCACUGGUUUCCAUGCGGCGAAAAACAAGAAGACCGGCGGACAAGGCCCGGGCCUGAACAGGAUGCCUAACGUCCAGAUCUUCAACAACUGA